AAGUGCCCAAAGACACGUCGAUUUCAAGCAGAGCACAAUUCCCGAAACCAUUCGAGCUCCAUUGGAGCUGGUUCAUCGCCAAGAUGGCGAACAAACAAGGCAAAAUGGCCGGUUACAUCAACUACCGGAUGAGGGUCACGUUGGUGGAUGGCCGCCAGAUGGUAGGGCAGAUGCUUGCUUUCGACAAGCACAUGAACCUCGUGCUGGCCGAUACCGAAGAAUUCCGACGCGUCAAACGAAAACAAGCGAAGCCCUCCGCCCCCGGCGCAUCUAGUUCGGGUGCAACUCAGACGGUCGAGACGGAGGAGAAGCGUACGCUGGGAUUGACAAUCUUACGUGGCGCGCAUAUCGUAUCGCUAUCCGUCGAAUCUGCACCACCGGCCGACCCCAGUACGCGUCUUGGGAAGAGUACGCCUGGUGGCUUACAGAGUGGCCUCGCCGCAGGGUCGGGCGUUGCUCGCCCUGCUGGACGUGGAGCGGCUCCAACGGCUCUUGCGGGCCCGGCCGCUGGCGUGGGAGGUGGUGUUCCCCCUCCUUUCCCUCAAUUUGGCGGGGCACCUGGGUUUGGGCCUGGCAGAGGGGGUCCCCCAGCCCCUGGGUUUCCUCCAGGCGGGUUUCCACCGCCGGGCUUCCCUCAGAACGCCCAGUUCCCACCCCCGGGUUUCAAUCCCGGUGGUGGCCCUCCCCCAGGAUUCAACCCUCCCCCUCGAAGAUAAUUUUCGUAUGAAGGCCAGUUGGCUGUUGCAGGAACAGACGUCCUACCGAAAAACGGCUAUAGAUACCAUUGGCGUUCAGGGAUGCUAGCCGGACCACAGAGAGCACCGAAAAGGGAAGAAGAUUGUAUUUUGUAUCUGUCAUAAACCAGAAAGGUUGCAAGAGCACAGCGCCGCAAGAGCCCCGGAGCCGUUGCAAGGGUCGCAGCCGUUCAGUCACAACCGUAGUAAUUGCCGCCCCCAAAGCACCAACAAUGUUGAGAAUGUCGUGUCAUAUUGAGACCAGUUUACACAUGUGUCGCAUCCUGCAUCGUAGAGUGAUAUCGCUGAGAGGUACCUAGUAAUAGCAUUGUCUACCUCCUACCUG